GGGGAGAGGCGGGACUUCCUGCGCGGGAGUCGGAGCGGUUCGGUCGCCCGGCUCUCCGUGGUCCCGGCUCGCGUGGUGGCGGCGGCGGCAGCGUCUCCGUGAGGAGGCGCGCGGGGACAUGACGUCAGCGUCCACAAAGGUCGGGGAGAUAUUCUCCGCGGCUGGCGCCGCCUUCACGAAGCUCGGGGAGCUGACGAUGCAGCUGCAUCCCGUGGCUGACUCUUCCCCUGCGGGUGCCAAGUGGACGGAGACGGAGAUAGAGAUGCUGAGGGCUGCUGUGAAGCGAUUUGGGGACGAUCUUAAUCACAUCAGCUGUGUCAUCAAGGAACGGACAGUGGCUCAGAUAAAAGCCACCGUGAAGCGCAAGGUAUAUGAAGACUCUGGCAUCCCCCUUCCAGCUGAGUCACCCAAGAAAGGGCCCAAGAAGGUGGCAUCUGGUGUCUUGUCACCUCCUCCAGCGGCCCCUCCACCCAGCAGCUCCAGUGUCCCUGAAGCUGGGGGGCCCCCCAUAAAGAAACAGAAGGCUGAUGUGACACUCAGUGCUCUGAAUGACUCGGACGGCAACAGUGACCUGGUGGAUAUUGAAGGACUAGGAGAAACUCCUCCUGCCAAGAAACUCAACUUCGACCAGGACAGCCUGACCCUGGAUUCUGGCCCUCUCGUGACCUCCACUGACCCUCCGCUACCCUCUCGAUGAGCCUUCCAUCUCCGACCCCUCUCACUGUUCACCCUGGACCUGUGGAUCGCCUGUGACUGAGCAAGGCCUGUGUGAGAGAGUCGAAAGGCUGCUGGGGCUGUCGUCCUUGCUGUUCCCUGUACGAGUGUAUGCCCACAACCCCACUGACUUCGAUCUGAUGGACAUUUUUAUACAGAAAACAAUAAAGAUAUCCCUCUCAGCUCA